AUGUCUGCCAUUAAUCAACAAGUUGCACAAUCAAUUUCAAAAUCAUUGUCAGCAUCGACUGCAGAUGUUCCACCAGAGAGUCACGAUCAUGCCGACACCCUAGAUGUUGAUAGCUUACAUCUCGAUGAACACUUCACAAAGCAAACCAAUAUCUUCCACAAUCCACCAGUUCCAGUUCUCUACGAGCAGGCAUUGGCUCAUGAAACUGGAUCUGCAAUGACCAGCACCGGUGCUCUCGUCACCAGAUCCGGUGCCAAGACCGGACGUUCACCAAAGGACAAGAGAAUCGUCCAGGAACCAUCGAGCUCCAACGACAUCUGGUGGGGACCAGUCAAUAUGCCACUGGACGAUCUCUCCUUCAUGAUUAACCGUGAGCGUGCCAUCGACUACCUCAACACCGUCGAUAAGUUGUUUGUGAUCGACGGUUACGCCGGUUGGGAUCCAGCCUAUCGUAUCAAAGUACGUGUCAUCUGCGCACGUGCCUACCACGCACUCUUCAUGAACAACAUGUUGAUCCGUCCAACCAAGGAGGAGCUCAAGACUUUUGGUGAGCCAGACUACACCAUCUACAACGCCGGUCAAUUCCCAGCCAAUCGUUUCACCAAGGGUAUGUCGUCGGCCACCAGUGUCUCGCUCGACUUUGCUCGUCGUGAGAUGGUCAUCCUCGGUACCCAGUAUGCCGGUGAGAUGAAGAAGGGUGUCCUCACCAUCAUGAUGUAUCUCAUGCCAAAGAUGGGUGUUCUUCCACUCCACUCUUCGUGUAACGAAGGUAAGGAGGGUGACGUCACUCUCUUCUUUGGUCUCUCCGGUACCGGUAAGACCACUUUGUCCGCUGAUCCAAACCGUUACUUGAUCGGUGACGACGAGCACGUCUGGACCGACCACGGUGUCUUCAACAUCGAAGGUGGUUGUUAUGCCAAGUGCAUCGAUUUGUCGCGUGAGAAGGAGCCAGAGAUUUUCGACGCCAUCCGUUUCGGUGCCGUCCUCGAGAACGUCGUCUACAACGAGUACACUCGUAAGGUCGACUACAACAACAUCUCCAUCACAGAGAACACCCGUUGCGCCUACCCAUUGGAGUUCAUCCCCAACACAAAGUUCCCAGCGCUCUCCAAGAAUCAUCCAAAGAACAUCAUCAUGUUGACCUGUGAUGCCUUUGGUAUCUUGCCACCAGUCUCCAAGCUGACACCACAACAAGUUAUGUAUCAUUUCAUCCAGGGUUACACUGCUAAGGUUGCCGGUACCGAAGUCGGUGUCACCGAGCCAACCGCUGCCUUCUCCUCGUGCUACGGUGAGCCAUUCAUUGUAUGGCAUCCAACUAAAUACGCCCACAUGCUCGCCGAGCAACUUCAGAAAUUCAAAUCACACGCCUGGCUCAUCAAUACCGGUUGGACCGGAGGUAGCUACGGUAUUGGAUCGCGUGUCAAACUCGCCUACACUCGUGCCAUCAUCGACGCCAUCCACAGUGGUGAACUCGAAAAGGUACCAACCACCCCAAUGGAAGUGUUUGGACUUCACGUUCCAACCAGCUGUCCAGGUGUUCCAUCGGAGAUUUUGAUGCCAUCCAACACAUGGUCAGACAAAGCCAAAUACACACAAACACUCACCAAGCUCGCCACUCUUUUCAUCGAGAACUUUAAGAAAUAUCAAGACAAAGCUCCAGCCGAAGUACUUGCUGCCGGUCCAAAACUUUAA